AAACAUUCCUAUAUCACACACACACACAGAAUAUGGUCAAAUUUAUAGCGUAAAAGGAAGUGUUUACAAUACUAAUACUACUACUUCAUAUUUUAACUAUUACUAGUAUUACUGAAUGAAUAAAAAGUUUUUUCUAUUAAAAGAAUACUAACUGAACGCAUUUCUACUAUUUUCAUCUGUUCUAUAAUGCAAAAACACUCUAAAAGAAAUUCUCAAUCACUUUCAGAAAAUAAUGACAAUGAAAGUCAAGAAGACGAUAAAGUGGAAUCAGUUCAUACAGAACCUUUAAAUAAACAACCAAAGUUAACUUUAUUCAAACAAAAUCUGUUUAAUGAUGCUAAAAUCAGUGAUAUUGAACAACAAAAAGAAACAGAAAAAGAACAGUAUAUAAUCAAUAAAAGAUCUAAAACAAUUCUACAUGAUCAAUCAAACAAUAAAUCAAUAAUUGUUGGAAACGAUAUGUUACAUACACUUAAAUCUCUCUUAACAUGCUCUGUAUGCUUAGAAAUCAAAGAUCAAAUAAAUCAAUGUCCAAAUGGACAUUUAAUCUGUUCACAAUGUUCUAUUCAAUUACAACAACAAUCAACUCAAAUAAAUUUAUCUAAAUGCCCAAGUUGUCGUAUUAAUUUACAGUAUAUGUUAUGUAGAUGCUUAUUAGCUGAACAAAUGAUCGCUGAAUUACCAUAUCAAUGUCCAUCUUGUUAUGAUGUAAUACCGCGUAGAUUAAUAAAACUACAUGAAUAUAAAUUAUGUCCUAAUCGUUAUGUAUUAUGUCGUUAUAAUCUUGUUGGAUGUUUAUGGAAAGGUAAAUAUAAUGAUUUAAAUUCUCAUCUAUUAUAUUGUGAUUAUAAACAAAAAACUGUUGAAGAUAUUGAAAAAUAUUUAGUAAAAAAAUUAAUCAACUAUGAAUUAUAUUUAAUGAAUGAAAUACAAUUUAGUAAAAGUUUAUUAACUAAGUUGAAUUAUAAUCCAAUAGGACUAAAAUUAAUUCAAAAACAAAUUAUUGUAUUUCGUCAAGAUUCACUUGAUUUAAACAAAAAUUCAAUUUUAUAUCAAGCAAAAAAUAUAACAUUUUUAUCUAAUUUAAAACGUUUAUCUAUUGAAAUUUGUAUUAACUAUGAAUUAAAUAACCUAGAGUAUUCAAUUAAAACGAAAUCAAAUCAUACAAUAGAUUUUAUGAUAUGUUUAAAUUCAUUCAAGUGUGAAGAUGUAUGGUUUAGUUUAAAUGAUCAAUUGCAUUCAAUACACUUUGAUGCAUUGAAUAAACAGUCAUCCAAUUAUACUGUUGAUGUGUUCAUGGUUAAUGUAUAUUGUAAAUAUAAUAUUAAUCAGUAUACAUAUACAUUUGAUGAUUUAUUGAUAGUUAACCAUACAAAUCAGUUUACAUUCAACUUAUCUGAUCGAAAUAAUUGUAUUUUAUUAAAUUUUCUCUUAUUCAUUAAAUGUAAAAAUUUAUUGGAAUUUGAUUUAGACGGGAAUCAAAAUUUAUGCCUUGGUGAACCAAUAAACGUACAAAUGAGAUUUGAGCAUGGCAAUGAAGAUGGCCAAUCACAAUUAUACCAGAGUCUGUAUUCAGAUAAUAGUAUAAUGAAUGAAAGUGGAAACAGUAAUGUAACUACUACAACUCCACAAGAUCAACUAAGAUUAGGCAGAUUGACAAGAUUGUGGGAAUUACCAAGUAGUAAUUUGUUACAUCCAAUUCUAGAUAGUCUACUUUCAAACAAUAUAUCAACUACAACGACAACAACUACAUCUUUGUCAAGCGCAACAAGGUGUACUGAUAGAACGAAUAGAGGCAUUGACUAUUGUAUCAAUCCAUUGGUAGUUACAAUAACCAGCCUGUCUAGUGGAGAUGAUGAAGAUAGUGAGAAUAAUCUGCGACAGAAUGGUAUACCAGCUAGUGAUUUUAUCACAAGACACUUGGGUUUACAACAAAAUAACAGUGAUGAAGAUGAUGAGUCUGGAGAAGAUGAAGACAAUAGUUCUGAUAGUGAACAUGAGAGUAAUGAAGAACCGGAGGAAACUACCUACUCUGAUAAUGAUGAUGAAGUUGUCAAUAAAACAUUAGAAGAAAAUAACAAUGCACUGAUUGAAAUGGAUAAAGAAGAGGAAAGUGGUUAUCUAGCUAUUAAGAAUGACCUUGAAACCAAUUCUGGCAGUAAAUAUGACUAUACUAAUCCAGAAUAUACAAAAAGAGUGCAAAUGAAAAAUGGGAAUAAUAAUUUUCAUGUCUACAGUAGUAGUAAUAAUAAUAAAUCAUAUGAACAUUUAACUAUUCCCUCUAAGCGUAAACGUUUAAAAGAAAAUUUAAUCAACUUUAAUGAACACCAAUCAGAUACCCAAAUGACAAGGUCAACUUCAUUGAAAAAACGAAAUACACAAAUGGAAACAAUCAAGAUUAAACUAAAACAAGAGAAUGUAAAUAUGAAUAAGAAAUUUUAUUUACCGGUUUUAUUAAAAAGUUGUAUAACUUUCUUCAGUAGUUUUUCACGCUACUUAUUGCGUAGUCAUAUGGUGACAAGUGAGUUAGACACAGAAAAGAACAAGAAUAGAUUAAUAGUGAAUAACGCACAAAAUAAUAUAAUAUUAGGGGACAAUAAUCUUCAAUCUAAUGAUUUUCAUUCGGAAGAAACAAAUCAUUUCAAUCAGUCCGAAAAUAAACCUAGUUACUAUUACUAUUAUGAGGAUUGUCAUCAGAAGAGGAAUGAUACAGGAGAUGACUGUAAGUGGUUUUAUAAGACAUAUGAAGCAAGUAAACUGAUGGAUAGUUCAAAAGCUGAAGAGUAUCAACACCCUGAUUGUAAUCAUUUUUUACCUAUCACUAGUAUAUCUACGAUACAAACAUCAUCUUCAGGUUUAACCAUCAAUGGAAUAAAAUCGUCUACGAAUAUAUCUUCAAGUAUACCUUCAUCGUCAAUUGGGAAUACAAUAAUUAAUCAUAAACUAUACGAUCUGAAUAUCUGUAAUCCGAAUAUUAAAAUGAGACGAAAGUAUACAAGAAAACGUAGAACAACUUCAAUAAAGAAUAAAACAUAUAAAACUAGUAGAAUUAAAAAAAGUUUAAUUCACUAGAUUUGAUAAUAUGCUGAUUAUAGUUUAAAUGAAAUAGAUACUUUCUGUAAAUUGAAUAUUUAAACCAUUUGGCGGGAAAAAAAAGUUAAUCUAUAGUAGUAUAUGAAACUUCUCAAACUCUUUGCUUUUACUAUUUUUAAAGUGAAGGCGAUUUCCGAUGAAACAUUUAUGAGUUAUACUCAUAUAUUUUUAAUGUAUAACUUUUAAUUUUAUGUGAUAAAGCAUCAUUGCAAUCCAUAGACUACUUUAAGGAUUUGAAUAAAGUAAUGUACAAAUGAAUACUUCUUAUUAAUUUUGUUGUAUAGGAGAAGUCUAUUUUCAAUGGAAUUAUAUUUUUUCUGAAUGAUGUGUGGACAAAUGGCAGAAUGGAUGGCUUAUAAAUCUUUAAAUCAUAAAAUCCCAACAUAUGCAGGAGAUUAUCUUACUUAACUGACAGCCAGCUCUGAAUUAUUGAAUUUUUGAAGACCAUUGUGCAUACCGAGUCGAUUUGUGAUGUUGACAGAAGUUGGAUCAGGUUGGAAGAGUGUUCAAGGUGACUAGAUCAAGACAUAACAUCAGUUCAUGAAGUCCCUAACUUCUGAAUUGAGCUGUGUAGGGAUGUGUAGACUUCUUGGUCGGAACCAGUGGUUUCAGGUUCAGGGUGAUAUGGUUGAAAUCGGUCACAAUGGUGGAGAUAUAUUCACUCUUUGACAUCUAAAGCUUGAAUAUUUUGAAUAAACUUACUUCUUAAAUUCCUUCUCCUCUCAUACGUCCUAUCUAAUAUGAUAUCGGUCCCUUUUCUAUCCACUUGUUCUUUGUAUACUACUGUAAAGUAUGGUAACUUGAACCAAUACAUUUGUGUAUGAGGUUC